GUGUGAACUUGAACUACGAGCCGCAAUGUCGCUGAAGAUUGUCGCCACCCUCUUCUCCCUUGUCGCCACCGUCAUUGGGGCGACUGCAGAUGCUCCCGCCUCAGCGGUGCUCGCUGCUCGGGCCGACUGCGACAUCGACGGCGCCGUGCCCUUCUUCCGUGCCUACAGCUCCGCUGACACGGACCACUUCUACACUACCGACUACAGCGAGAUGAAGAACGCCAUCACCAACCUCACCUACUCGUACGAGAGCAACAUGGGCCUCGUCUUCAGGCUCCCGACCGUCUCUACGGCUAUACUUUAUCGCCUCUACCUCCCCACCUCGAUCGAUCACUUCUACACCACCAACCAGAGCGAGGCCAACCACGCGGUCCAGGAACUGGGAUACUUCGACGAAGGUACCUCAGCCUACGUCUUCCAGACCCAGGUUUGCGCAAGCGUUCCGCUAUACCGCCUGUACGACGCGAGUAUCACGGAUCACUUCUAUACUACCAGCGAAUCGGAGCGGGAGAACGCAAUCAAUGUGCUGGGUAUUCGGAUGAGGGGAUCGCGUGCUAUGUCUUGCCGGACCUUUGAUGUUGAAGGUUCAUCGAGCGGAGGCGGGUUUCAACACCCGCCGGCAUCUUGCCUUCGGGAUGCGGACGCUUUUUUCCGACCUUGAAGUUACUUUGCGGUCGCAUUCAGUUCGUAAUUCUCUAACUCGACACACGGUGCAAAUCGUGUUGAGUUCAACUGUCAUUGUCAUAUUUCGACGCUCUUUCUAAGCAGGAAUGGGAGUGUGAGGUGGAUGUGCAUCUGAGUCAAUAUUUUCCUGUCCAGCACGCCGGGUUUCUAAAGAGACGGAUGUGAGCCGUCUCGGUAUCAAGUCCGCUUUCUCACUUUACAAGACCAGCAGCAAUACCCGUCUAGAAUGUCUUAUGCGAAACUGAAAGAUCUACCAGAGGCGACGACAUGAGUGCAGUUACUUCCGCGAGGCCAUUCAAUGCGUUCAUUACCGUCAGACCGAGCUUUCAACGGACCGAGCAGGAAGUGUGUUGUUUACCCUUGGUUUCGACGUAUUCGAACGCUCGUGCGAGUGAAAUCGAGGGGAGGGAGGCAACAGCGAGAGACCUCGAACAACAGUAGUCCGUGC